ACUAACGAACGUCCACAGACAUCCAGUCGACUCAAAGCGGAGAGUGUGAAUAGCUAGGACAGUGCUUAUUUAUUUCUUUUAUGUUGACGUCGGUGGCGUAACGGGAAGAGGCGGAGUCUGCAGCUCGACAACAGGGAAGAGCGAGAUGACAGCGGGUCAGUGAUCGCACUCCGGAGACUCAUGGGCUCCACAGCAGUCGCUCCGCGCGCCGAAAGAUGCUCAUCACGCUGUGCUACAUCUACCUGUGGGUGCGCUUCCAGAGAUAUUACACGGCCGUGAUCCGCAGCGCGUUGUACCGGCUGAGCGGCGGCCAGAGCAGCUUCACGUUCUGCGCGCUGAAGCCGGAGAGAGUCGAUCUGCCCCGCGAGCAGCGCUACAAACCCCCGCGGGAGGACACGCUCUUCCUCAGGCUCGGAGACAGAGUCAUUUACAUCACCGAGCCGCAGGCGUGUGACGACCUCAGUAAGUGGACUCUGUUGGGCUCUUCGCUGGUUUGUGGCCGAAGACUAGAAAGCAUCGCCUUCAUUAUUGAGGCCACUUCAAGACCGAAAGUUCCAGCGUCUCCACACAGAACCAAUGAGAAAGUGCUGAACUGGUCUGAUUACUGUCUGCCGUUGGCGUACAGUCCUGGACAGCCGUACCGAGCCGUCGCUGAAGCCAGCCUGGAGAAUUUCAGCCGCCUCGGUGUGGCUUUUAUGGAAGACCGUCUGCAUAUGGACAAUGGACUCAUCCCUGAAAAGAUAGUUUCCGUGUUACUCCGAGAGACGGCCCUCAAAGAGCUGUUCGAACAGCAGCAGGACGGCAGCGUCGAAGCCAAGCGCCACAGUGAGCCGACAGAGCCGCGAGACUCUCCGCAGCUUCCCAGAAAGAGCAGCCUUCAUCUGGAGGAGCCGGAGCUCCCGUCCGAACACCAGCACAUGGACGGACACCACCUGCACCUCUCCAGCUGCCACGAGUGUCUGGAGCUGGAGAACAGCACCAUUCUGUCGGUGAAGUUCGCCUCCGUGGAGAACAUCCCGGAUCUGCCCGACGACUACGCCGCCGCCGCCGCCGCCGCCGACGAGGAGAGCGUGAGGAGGAACGCCAGCGGGAAGCCGCCCAACGUGCUGGUGUUCACGGGCGGCUGCGAGGAGCGCUUCCAGAAGAUCCGCUCGCUCCUGGAGGAGUGCGUGGACACGGACAGCUACGUCAUCUACCACCUGCGGCCGCAGCAGGCCCUGAGCGAUCCCUGGCUGGAGAACACGCUGCUGCUGGUGCUCGCCACCGACCAGACGCUCACGCCGCAGCUGCAGCUGCGCUUCCUGUCCUACCUGAGCCAGGGCGGGAAGCUCCUGGGUCUGUCGUCGUCGCUGUGUCCCGCCGGGCUCGCGCUGCGGCCCAGAGACGCGCAGAAAGACCGCAUCUGCACGCUGACCUUCACCAAGUCCGACAGCACGGAGCUGCGGCUGAGCGCGUUGUCCAGCGGGAGCGUGUACGUGCGCGACGGCGACGGCGAGGUGGAGCUCUGGGGCGAGAUCGGCGCGCAGGACGGCCGCGAGAUGGCGAUCGUGCGUGUGACUCACGGAGAGGACAGCGGAGAGGCCGUCCUGUGUCAGGUGCGUUUGGAAACGGCUCCGGACGCCCAUGACGCUCAAGGCUCCGCCGGCUUCUCGGAACUCAAGAUGAGCAACGCCCGGCGCUACGAGGUUCUGACGGAGAUCCUGACGUCUCUGGGUCUGAGGUGUGAGCUGAGUCAGGUGCCGCCGCUCAGCCCCAUCUACCUGCUCGACACGCACACGGAGCAGACGGGCCGCUUUCUGCGCUGGCUGCGGGCGCAGACGGACGGUUCGGGUGGAGUUGUGCGGAGCACGGCGGGCGUCCUGAGGGCGGUGUGGGCCGGAGACGAGCCUCCGGAUCUGCGCGAGGGCGAGCUCGCGUUACACGCCGAGCCGCCCGAGAGCUUCUCCGAGCACUUCAGCCCGCAGACGUACCGCCGGCACCUGCAGACGCGGCGGCUCGGCCGGACCGUCCUGUACGCCGACGUCACCUCCACCACCAUGGACCUGCUGGACGGGUUGAUGUUGCAGUCGCCACAGGAAACGGGGUUAAUUGCCAUAGCGGCGCGUCAGACGCAGGGCAAAGGUCAGCGGGCCGCGGGGGGGAACGCGUGGUUGAGUCCGCUGGGAUGCGCCAUAUUCACUCUCCACCUGCAGCUUCCUGUGGACUCGCGGCUCGGCCAGAGGAUCCCGUUCCUGCAGCACCUCGUCGCCCUGGCCGUGGUGGAGUCUGUGCGAACACUGCCCGGAUACGAGGAUGUCGACCUGCGGCUGAAGUGGCCCAAUGACAUCUACUACAGUAACCUGAUGAAACUCGGCGGUGUUCUGGUCAAUUCCACCUUCAUCGAUCGAACCUUCCACCUCCUGAUCGGCUGCGGCUUCAACGUGAGCAACAGCAACCCGACCGUCUGCAUCAACGACCUGGUGCGGCAGCAGAACCGGGAGCACGGCCUCGGCCUGGAGCCGCUCGCUACGGCGCAGCUCAUCGGGCGCUCGGUCACGCUGCUGGAGCGCUACGUCUCGGAGUUCCAGCUGCACGGCUCGCAGGCGCUGCUGCCGCUCUACUACAGGAGAUGGGUGCACGGCGGCACACGCGUGCGUCUCUGGAGCGAGGACGGGCCCGAGGCCGAGGUGCUGGGACUGGACGAGAACGGCUUCCUGCAGGUGAUGGGAGAUCAGGGCGUCGUGUCCGUGCAGCCGGACGGAAACUCCUUCGACAUGCUGAGGAACCUGGUGGUGACCAAAACCAGCUGAAGAUCUCCAGUAUUUUCACAUCUCUUCAGCUGACCACGACCACACAGCAGAGUUGCUUAUCUGUCUAUUAAUACGAAUUUAUUUCACAGAAAUGUCUCUUUCUGAGUUGUUUUCAGGUCAAACGGCUGUUUGUGACCCUUCCUGCUACCAAGUUUAUGAGAUUAAAGUCAGAAUAUUUCGAGAAUAAAGUUGAAAUGCUAUGAGAAUAAUGUCAAAAUACUACAAAAGUAAGGUCAAAAUGCUACAAGAAUUAGAAAUAUUUAAAGAAAGUAGAAAUUAUGAGAAUAAAGUUAAAAUAGUUAGGGUUAGUUGUAGUAUUUUGACUUUAUUCUUGUAAUAUUUCUACUUUUUUCUCAUAAUUUCAACGUUUUGUUUUAAAUGUUUCAAUUUUAUUCUUAUAUUUCGACUUUAUUUUCUUAAUUUCAACUUUAUUCUCGUAGUAUUUCAACUUUUUUCUCGUAAUUUCGACUUUAUUCUCAAAAUAUUACAACCUUAAUUUCGUAAUCCUAGAUUUUAUUUUUUAACCUGGCACUACAACGCUGUUGUAAGAGUCAAACAGGAGAUUCAACAAGAAAACGUGAAUGUUGAGAAGUGGAUGUGAUGUUUUCUAUAGAAUAACAAGCAUCAUUGAAUCACUAAUGUUUAUUAGUAAUUAUCCCGUUUUGUUUGCAUUAAAGGCAUGAGCAGUGUUUGCUGUGAUGGAUCCAGUGUAAUCAGUCGCAUAUGCUCUUCAGGUUACGCUCGUAUGACUCUCAAAAUCUUCAUUUGAAAUCAUUUAGUGGAGAAAUGAGAAGGAUUCUUCAAGACGUUUCCGCGCUGUAAAACUGGACUCAUCUCAGGUAGACAGACGAGACAACAUAAUCACUGAAAAACACACUGGUUUUAGUUUGCCUUUUCUCAUUAAGUGAUGAGUUAGUUUAGAGAGGAUUAGUGAUCUGUAACUGGUUACUGUCUAUUCUCAGUUAACUGAAGAGUUUGAUGUGGAAAUCUGACUGACGCUCCUUAAAACUUGUCUGUAGUUCUCAUUCUCGAUUCUGAGCUGAUUUCUGGAUGUUCAUAUCAUACAACAUACUCAAUAUUUUAUAAUGAUUCGUGGUUUGUAAACAGAUACAGGCGAUUCCUUUUAAGGAAGACAUUCCAGAGUUGUACAAAAUGAAAUAAAAUGAUUGUGACUGA